CAAAUUUUCCCCUCUUGCUGUUAGAGCCCCCCCUCUCUCUCUCUACGUCUUCGACUCUCAUCUCUACCUCUUCCGAUCAGCUUCGCAGAACAAAAGCUAGGUUUUUUUGGGCACCCAAUUCGGGACUCCGGAAGAUGCGAUCCUUGGAAGAAGCUGUCGGCUCCGCAGUCUCGAUUUCGCGGCAUGGCGACCUCAAUACCGCCGUCGGGGGAGGUUUCGUCGGCCGGAACAUGUACGGUUGGCUUUUCGAGUGCCAUGGGUUCUGGCACAACGUGUUGCUGAUCACGUCCUCGCUUGCGUUCGCUCUUUACUUGGCCGCUCAGGCGAGGAAGAGCUUCUCGAAGCUGUCGAGCGGGAGGUCGUCCAUUAUGAUAGCCUAUUACGGUUGCCUCUGGCUCGUUAGCUUGCUCAACCUGACUUGGUGCUCUUUGCAGGCAUGGGAAUGCACUCCUGGGAAUGAAGUAGCCUGGAACAUCUUGUCUUUGUUUACGUCGUCUGGAAUGCUUUUUCUCGAAGUAAGCUUGGUGGCUUUCUUGCUUCAAGGGAACUCGGCAAGCGGGUUGCAUGCACUUACUCGCACAUUUGUUGUCUCGGGGCUCAUUGUUGGUUUGGAUCUUCUUCUUAAGGCAAUUUAUCUUUUUGGAUUUGGAAUCCCUUUGUUUAUCGACGACAUUGAAAGUCCUCAUAAGGUUAAAUGGGGAUUGUGGGUAGUCCACCGACUAGUGCUUACUGGAGUUUAUGGUUCUAUAUUGUUCAUGUAUCACUCCAGGUGGAGAGAAAGGCUACCUGCUAGACCGGGGUUUUACAAGUAUAUAAUCAUCAUGCUCAUCAUGAAUGCGCUAGCUCUAUUCGCAUGUGGCCUAACUGGAAAUGGAGCUGGCUUUGGGUUGUGGUUAUACGGUGCCACAAUUGUCUGCUAUCAUGCCUUCUACCUCCCCCUUUUGUACCUCACAUUUCUAGCUGACUUCUUCCAGGAGGAGAACUUGCAAUUGGAGAAUGUGUAUUACUCCGAAAUGAAGGAUGCUGGUUUCUUCGAUGGAGACUGGGAGUGAUCCAGUCGUUUUGAAACGGGAGCGGCCUUACCGUGAAAAUUGUAGAUAGAGUAAAUAGUGCCCGACGGCAGAACACGUGCUAUGCAGUAUGUAAGAUGUGAUCCAUUUUUGUAUGGGAUUAGGCCGUGCAUCAAUGUUGUGAAAGUUGUCAACACUCAUUGUCGUAGGCUGGGGAUGGUCCACGGUCGAGUCGAUAAUCAUUCCCCUUAGUGGAUAAUUUCAUCUUCUGCUGUAGACUGGA